CUCCGCACUGGGCGUGGCGGCCAUUUUGUUUUGGACAGCGAGCGGGAGUUGGCCGCAGCGGCUGUGGUGGCACAGACGAAAGGCAGGCAAGGGCAGGUCGGGCGAGCAGGCGGACCGGCCUACCAGCCAGCCAGCCAGCCAACGGCAACGAACUAACCUAGCAAUUUACCGCUUACACCUCUGACCAACCGCCCACCAACUUAAGCCGAGCCCGUCCACCGGCCACUCAGGUUCGGCCGGCCGCCGGCCCGCCUGCCGCAGCCGUGGUGGCAGCCCCGGGAGGAGCACUGGCGUCUGUUUCCUUCGAUUCUCGGGAUUUGAAGAUGGCUGCACAGUCAGCGCCGAAAGUUGUGCUAAAAAGCACCACCAAGAUGUCUCUAAAUGAGCGCUUUACUAAUAUGCUGAAGAACAAACAGCCGAUGCCAGUGAAUAUUCGAGCUUCGAUGCAGCAACAACAGCAGCUAGCCAGUGCCAGAAACAGAAGACUGGCCCAGCAGAUGGAGAAUAGACCCUCUGUCCAGGCAGCAUUAAAACUUAAGCAGACUUUAUAUGCAAGUCCGGACAGUGGCUGUGGAAGGAUAUGUCCAAGCUGUGGCUGGGCGUCUGGAGGGCGGUGCCAUGCAACUAAGAGCUUAAAGCAGCGCCUGGGUAAGAGUAACAUCCAGGCACGGUUAGGCCGACCCAUAGGGGCCCUGGCCAGGGGAGCAAUCGGAGGACGAGGCCUGCCCAUAAUCCAGAGAGGCUUGCCCAGAGGAGGACUACGUGGGGGACGUGCCACAAGAACCCUACUUAGGGGCGGGAUGUCGCUCCGAGGUCAAAACCUGCUCCGAGGUGGACGAGCCGUAGCUCCCCGAAUGGGCUUAAGAAGAGGUGGUGUUCGAGGUCGUGGAGGUCCUGGGAGAGGGGGCCUAGGGCGUGGAGCUAUGGGUCGUGGCGGAAUCGGUGGUAGAGGUCGGGGUAUGAUAGGUCGGGGAAGAGGGGGCUUUGGAGGCAGAGGCAGAGGCCGUGGACGAGGGAGAGGUGCCCUUGCUCGCCCCGUACUGACCAAGGAGCAGCUGGACAACCAGUUGGAUGCAUACAUGUCGAAAACGAAAGGACACCUGGAUGCUGAGUUGGAUGCCUACAUGGCACAGACAGAUCCUGAAACCAAUGAUUGAAGCCUACCUGCCCUCCUGUGAGAGACUCUUGUUAAAGUCACCACGUCUGUACAUAACCUUGAGAUAACAGAUGAGAAGAAACCUGAUUGAUGCUGGAAGGACCUAUCACAAUAGGCUAUGGAUUUACUUGCCACCAGUUUGUGCAUUUAGUGUGUUCCUUUUACUUUUUUGAUACUGUGUUGUAUGAAACCCUUUUUUCUCUGACUUGGGUUUUGUUUUGUUAUGUUGUUUGGGGGUUUUUUUUUUCCUUCACUGAAAUUUCUCCUUGAACGUGAAUGUGUUGGCCUUGUGGCUAGGACACCCUCUUCCCACCUCUUUCUCCUGUCACCUGUUAUACUGAUGUUCUAACAUUUCCUCUUUUGGUCUCUGUGCCCCCAUGAAACAAGUCCCCGAAAGGAGCCCAUCAGUGUUCCUCCCUAAUGCAUAGGUUUCUGAGAGUUAGGUCUGUUCUACAUCAUCUUUAAUAGCCUCUUAGAAGUGUUUAGAAAACAUGGAGCUCAGAAAUGCGUUAUGCCUUGUUGAUAUUUUAGUGUAGUAAAUUAGGAACAUUGACAUAGCUACAGGGCCACAUAAUAGGUUACACAUGGUAGCAGUUCUGAUUUGAUUAAAGUUGCUGCCAUGCACAUUGACACAUAACCAGUGUGCUGGGUAGUGUAUGUGCACUUUCUGUCUUGGAAUGAGAUUUAUAAACUUUCCUCUUGGCUUUGCAUCACAUCUAAAGAGGUACUAUUGGCUUGACUUAGACUUGCCAUAGAGAGGAAUAAGCCAUUUGGUUUGGUGGAUGCUUCAGAACGAGAAAAGAAUGGGAGAAGGUUGGCAGAUAACCUGCUGAGAGGGGUCAGAAAAUACCCAUGCUGAAAUGCUGUUCUUGUGUUUAUCCCAAACCAGUCUGGGGCUUCUCCAUUUAUUGGCUUUGUUUGACCCUUUUCUUAUUUCCCUUGAAGUUUUAAGUUCACCCAUAUUCUGUCAACUGUUCAAGUUUCCGUGGAAUCUUGUAUUUCUGGUUCAUUAUAACAAGAAAUUGUUCUCUCAAAUCCAGCCAGGAUUUUCUCUUUAUUUGUUGGGUUCUUUGAAAUGCUAUGGCCAUGAUGAUAAUAUCUUGAUAACACCC